GAGCAUAUGAAGGUAAUGGGAAAAUUUUGUUUUGUGCAGAGUAAGCUUUACCCAAGACUAAUUCAGGAUGUUCAGCUCAUGAUCAAUGAACUAGAAAAUGUAACUGUUCUUUGGGAGGAGCUAUGGCUCAGCACACUUCAAGAUCUUCACUCAGAUGUGAUGAGGCGCAUAAAUUUGCUGAAAGAGGAAGCUGCACGAAUUGCAGAAAAUGUCACUCUUAGCCAGGGUGAGAAGAACAAAAUAAAUGCUGCAAAAUACUCUGCCAUGAUGGCUCCAGUUGUUGUGGCCUUGGAACGUCGUCUAGCUUCAACUUCUCGGAAACCUGAAACCCCUCAUGAGAUAUGGUUCCAUGAGGAGUACAGAGAACAACUCAAAUCAGCCAUCUUAACCUUUAAAACUCCUCCAGCAUCUAGUGCUGCACUUGGAGAUGUGUGGCGACCAUUUGAUAAUAUUGCUGCAUCCUUGUCAUCUUACCAAAGGAAGUCAUCAAUUUCCUGAGAAGUUGCACCACAAUUGGCUCUGUUAUCAUCUUCUGAUGUUCCAAUGCCUGGUCUUGAGAGGCAAAUCAUAGCAUCUGAAUCUGAUCGAGGCCUCACUGCUACUCUCCAGGGAAUUGUCACAAUUGCUUCUUUCUCUGAGCAGGUGGCUAUCUUAUCCACCAAAACAAAGCCUAAAAAAAUUGUUAUACUGGGCUCAGAUGGUCACAAGUACACAUAUCUCUUGAAAGGGCGAGAAGAUCUGCGUCUUGAUGCCAGAAUCAUGCAGCUGCUGCAAGCGUUUAAUGGUUUUCUGCGUUCAUCUCCUGAAACUCGUAGUCAUUCUCUUGUCAUUCGCUACUAUUCCGUGACACCAAUUAGUGGUCGGGCUGGACUUAUCCAGUGGGUGGACAAUGUGAUAAGUAUUUAUAGUAUCUUUAAGUCUUGGCAGAAUCGUGCCCAGCUGGCACAUCUCUCUUCUUUAGGUGCUGGUAAUACAAAAAAUUCAGUUCCCCCACCUGUUCCCCGGCCAAGUGACAUGUUCUAUGGUAAAAUUAUACCAGCACUGAAAGAGAAAGGUAUAAGAAGAGUAAUUUCACGAAGAGACUGGCCUCAUGAAGUGAAGAGAAAGGUUCUUCUGGAUCUCAUGAAGGAGGCUCCUAGGCAGCUUCUUCAUCAAGAACUUUGGUGCGCUAGUGAAGGAUUCAAAGCUUUCAGCUUAAAAUUGAAGAGGUAUUCUGGAAGUGUAGCAGCCAUGAGUAUGGUUGGCCACAUUCUGGGCCUGGGUGAUAGACAUUUGGAUAACAUUCUUAUGGAUUUCUUUACUGGGGAUAUUGUACAUAUUGAUUACAAUGUGUGCUUCGAUAAGGGGCAAAGGUUAAAGAUUCCAGAGAUUGUUCCCUUCCGUCUUACCCAGAUGAUUGAAACAGCUUUAGGGCUGACUGGAAUUGAAGGCACCUUCAGAGCAAACUGUGAAGCAGUUGUUGGUGUUCUGAGGAAGAAUAAAGAUAUACUCUUAAUGUUAUUAGAGGUAUUUGUUUGGGAUCCACUUGUAGAAUGGACACGGGGAGAUUUUCAUGAUGAUGCAGCAAUUGGUGGUGAGGAAAGAAAGGGAAUGGAGUUGGCGGUUAGUUUAAGUUUAUUUGCAUCUCGGGUGCAAGAAAUCCGGGUUCCUUUACAGGAACAUCAUGAUCUUUUAUUGGCUACCUUACCAGCUGUUGAAUCUGCUCUUGAGAGGUUUUCAGACAUUCUAAACAAAUACGAGCUUGUUUCUGCUCUUUUUUAUCGUGCUGACCAAGAGAGAUCAAACCUUAUUCUGCAUGAGACAUCUGCAAAGUCAAUUGUUGCUGAGGCAACUUGUAAUUCAGAGAAAACUCGUGCAUCAUUUGAAAUACAGGCACGUGAGUUUGCUCAAGCAAAGGCUGUGGUAGCUGAGAUGGCUCAAGAAGCAACUACUUGGAUGGAGCAACAUGGAAGGAUUCUUGAGGCUUUACGAAGCAGUUUGAUACCAGAAAUCAAAGCAUGCAUAAACCUGAGUAGUAUGCAAGAUGCUUUAUCUCUUACAUCUGCUGUAUUAGUGGCAGGGGUUCCAUUGACCAUUGUUCCUGAGCCCACUCAAGCACAAUGCCAUGAUAUAGAUAGGGAAGUUUCUCAGCUCAUAGCUGAGUUGGAUCAUGGACUCUCUUGUUCUGUAACAGCCCUCCAAGCAUAUUCUUUGGCUUUACAAAGAAUCCUACCAUUAAAUUACCUCACGACAAGCCCACUACAUGGCUGGGCACAGGUUCUGCAACUGUCUUCAAGUACCCUUUCUUCUGAUAUCCUCUCCAUUACUAUAAGACAGGCUGCUGAACUUGUUGCAAAGGUAAAUGGGGAUGAUUUUGAUUCUAUUAAAUGCGAUCAUGAUGACCUUUGUCUUAAGGUGGAGAAAUAUGCUGUAGAGAUAGAGAAAGUUGAAGAAGAGUGUGCUGAACUGGUAAACUCCAUUGGUUCAGAGACUGAAUCAAAAGCCAAGGAUCGCCUUCUAUCUGCCUUCAUGAAAUACAUGCAGUCUGCUGGUCUUGCAAGGAAGGAAGAUACCAUCUCUUCUGUGCAAUUAGGACAAUUUAAACAUGAUGGUACAAAGGAGGCCAGAUUUCAAGGAGCACUUGAAGAGAAGAAGGACAAGGUGUUAUAUAUUUUGAGUAUAGCUGUAAGCUCUCUGUAUGAUGAGGUUACGCAUAGGGUUCUGGGCAUUUUUAGUAAUUUGGCUGAAAGAAGCAGUGCAGAUAACUGGUUGCAGUCUGAUUUUGGAACUAUUUUCUGCAAAUUUGAAGAGCAAGUAGAGAAAUGCAUACUUGUAGCAGGAUUUGCUAAUGAAUUGCAGCAAGUAAUCAAUGGGGAUAUGCCUACUGUUCGUACAGAUAUAGAACAUUCAAGAUAUUAUUCAGAAAGGAACUGGGCUUCCAUUUUUAGAACAAGUUUACUUUCCUGUAAGGGCUUGGUGGGGAAAAUGACUGAAGAUAUUUUACCAGAUGUAAUUAAAUCCAUUGUUUCAUUUAACUCGGAAGUAAUGGAUGCAUUUGGAUCCCUCUCACAAAUCCGGGGGUCUAUUGAUAUGGCACUGGAACAGCUUGUUGAGGUUGAAAUCGAGAGAGCUUCUUUAGUAGAACUGGAGCAGAAUUACUUUCUCAAGGUUGGUGUCAUUACUGAGCAACAAUUGGCUCUUGAAGAGGCUGCUUUGAAGGGUAGGGAUCAUCUUUCUUGGGAAGAGGCAGAAGAGCUAGCUUCCCAAGAAGAAGCUUGUAGGGCACAGCUGGACCAACUCCAUCAAACAUGGAAUCAGAAGGACAAGAGGACUUCUUCUCUGAUUAAGAAGGAAGCUGUUAUUAAAAAUGCCUUGGUUUCUUCAAAACGCCUAUUUCAAUCUCUUAUUAUUGAUGGUGAGGAAAGGGAGCCUCAAGGUAGGGGUGGCAAAGGUCUAUUGGCAAAACUAGUUAAGCCCUUCUCUGAGUUAGAAUCAAUUGAUAAAGCGCUCUCUUCAUUUGGUGGUUCUGUUGCUUUCUACUCAAGGGCAAUUCCUAAUCCUGCAGAUUUGAUGAGUUCUGCAUAUCCAAUGUCUGAAUAUAUCUGGAAGUUUGACAGCUUGCUGAACAGCCAUACUUUCUUUGUUUGGGAAAUUGGUGUUAUGGAUUCUUUUCUUGAUUCAUGCAUACAUGAUGUAACUUCAUCUGUAGAUCAAAGUUUAGGAUUCGACCAGCUCUUCAAUGUUAUCAAGAAAAAACUUGAAAUCCAACUUCAAGAACAUAUUGUUCAGUACCUUAAAGAGCGUGUAGCUCCUAUUCUAUUGGCUUUGUUAGAUAAAGAAAAGGAGCAUUUGAAGCAAUUGACAGAGGCAACAAAGGAACUUGCUUUUGAUCAAGGGAAAAAAGAUCUUGGGGCUCUGAAAAAGGUGCAACUCAUGCUUGAGGAAUACUGCAAUGCACAUGAAACUGCCAGUGCAGCAAGAUCAGCAGCUUCUCUUAUGAAAAGGCAGGUGAAUGAGCUUCGGGAGGCUGUUCUCAAGACUAGCCUAGAGAUUGUUCAAAUGGAGUGGAUGCACGAUGUUUCGUUGACCUCAUCACAUAAUAACAGGGUCAUAUGGCAGAAGUUUAUUGCAAAUGAUGAUAGCUUGUAUCCCAUUAUCCUGAACCUAAACAGACCCAAAUUAUUGGAAAGUAUGCAAUCUGCUGUAUCAAAAAUAGCUAGGUCAGUGGAAUUCCUGCAAGCCUGUGAAAGAACUUCCAUAACAGCAGAAGGACAGCUUGAGAGAGCCAUGGGAUGGGCCUGUGGUGGCCCAAAUUCAAGUGCAACUGGAAACACCUCAACUAAGAGUUCUGGAAUUCCUCCUGAAUUCAAUGAUCACCUUACGAGGCGAAGACAAUUAUUAUGGGAAGUUCGAGAAAAGGCAUCCGAUAUGAUCAAAAUUUGUGUAUCAGUAUUGGAGUUUGAAGCAUCAAGAGAUGGCAUCUUUCGGAUUCCUGGUGGUGAUGGCAGGACAUGGCAGCAAGCUUACUUCAAUGCACUAACAAGACUAGAUGUCACUUAUCAUUCAUUUACACGUACUGAGCAAGAAUGGAAACUUGCACAAAGCAGUGUGGAAGCUGCUUCAAAUGGCUUGUAUACUGCAACUAAUGAACUCUGCAUUGCUUCUGUUAAAGCAAAGUCGGCAUCAGCUGAUUUACAAAGCACUGUUCUUGCAAUGAGGGAUUGUGCCUAUGAAGCCAGUGUUGCUCUCUCUGCUUUUAGUCGUGUUACAAGGGGCCAUACUGCUUUGACUUCUGAAUGCGGUUCCAUGCUUGAAGAGGUUCUGGUAAUUACUGAAGGUCUCCAUGAUGUUCAUAGUUUAGGAAAGGAGGCUGCUGCAGUACACCAUUCUCUCAUGGAAGAUCUUUCAAAGGCAAAUAUGGUCCUUCUUCCACUUGAAUCAGUGUUGUCUAAGGAUGUAGCAGCUAUGACUGAUGCUAUGACUCGAGAAAGAGAGACCAAGUUGGAAAUAUCCCCCAUUCAUGGUCAAGCCAUUUACCAGUCCUAUUGUUUAAGGAUUAGAGAGGCUUGUCCGGCCUUUAAGCCCUUGGUACCAUCACUUACAUUCUCUGUGAAGGGACUCUAUUCCAUGUUAACCAGGCUGGCACGCACUGCAAGUCUACAUGCUGGGAAUCUUCAUAAAGCACUUGAAGGACUAGGAGAAAGCCAAGAAGUUAGGUCCCAAGAAAUUAAUUUGUCAAGGACAAACCUCGCAAGUGAUGCCUCUCAAUCCGGUAACAAAGACAGAGAGAUCUUCUCCAGAUCUGAUGAGGGAAAUGCUGAGGAUUUGCUUGGUGUAGCUGGAUUGUCCUUGCAAGAUAAAGGCUGGAUAUCCCCACCAGAUAGUGUCUAUAGUAGCAGCUCAGAAUCUGUCAUCAUCUCAGAUGAAGCAAGUCUUCCAGAUAGCCACACUGCUCCAGCAGAAAUGAUGGCACGGCUCUCAUAUGGGUCUAAUAGCAGAGAGGGCACAGAUUACUUGAACUCUGUUUCAUCUUCUGGGACUGAUUUCCAAGAAAUCUCAUUGAAUUGUGGGCAGUCAGAGUCUAAGUACACGGAGUACGAUAACAGCGAUGCUAGUUCUGUCAAAUCUCCAACUAAUGAGCCAAGUGAACAUCUGAAAGCUGCGGCAUCACCAAAGAAUGAAUCCAUAACUGUCAUUGACACUUCCAAGUCUUUGAAUGAGGAAGACUUUGAGGGUAAAGAUGAAACAUCCUCAUCAAAUCAAGUUAAGAUUGAAGAUGAAAAUCGGGAGGCCCGACUUCCUAAUACAGAUGCUGGCAGCCGAAUAGCCCGAGGUAAAAAUGCCUAUGCAAUUUCAGUUCUAAGGCGAGUUGAGAUGAAACUAGAUGGCCGAGAUAUUGCUGACAACAGAGAAAUUAGUAUUGCAGAGCAAGUGGAUUAUUUACUGAAGCAAGCCACAAGUAUAGAUAAUCUCUGCAACAUGUAUGAAGGUUGGACGCCCUGGAUUUGAACUUAUGAGGCCUGCCAUUAUAGCUAAAAAUGCUGGUCUCUAGUAAUUUUGUAAAAGAGGGAGUCUCAGAUCUGCAAGGUCACACCAUUCACUUGUUGUACUGAAGAUCUAGCGACUUGAACCUCUCAUCCACCCAGGAAGUCGGCCAGUGCAUCUCUCAGCAAGCUUUAUUUCUUGACUUUACCAAUGUGGUAUCACCUGCUUCCAGCUCACAAGAGACCACUUCUGGUGAGAAAUUUGCUAUGGCUGCUGAGAGAUUCUGUAUAAGGUGCCCUACCCAAGUAGCCUGAUGCAUGUUCUGUUGGGCCCAUGCCCUCCCUCAGGGAUCAGUGGUUUCUCAGGAAAAUGAUAUACUCCAAGCCUGUCCAAGAUAGAUCUCACUUUAGCAGGUAAAGCCAAGUGAGAAGGUUGGACUCUGUCUCACAAUUUAUCACCAAGACAUUGCUUAGCCGUUAAGUCCCUGGUUUAAAGACUAAUGAAGCUGUGGGUGCGGCAUGCCGGCCAGCAGAAUACGAGCACUCUGUUGGUGGGAUUCAAAGCUUAUCAUUUCAAAUCCCAUUUCUCCCAUGGCCACAAGAGUUCCAAAAGCCCUGUUAAUGUGCUUGUGCGAGGAUCACUCACUAAGUUGCUGAACAGAGAAACCAACAUUUCACCAGAGAGGCAGUUGACUGGCAAGUUGCCAAACAUCACUUGCAUAUCAGAAUUUACUCUUCAAUUUAAGCAUCUCCAUGUUUUUGCUGUUGAAAUAUUUGGCUGCUUUUCAAUAAUAAGAAUGAUAGUUUCAAAGGAUGAUUUUGUAGCAUAGAGUCAUCUUCCUUUCACCCCUGCUGCUGUUUGAAUAAAUGCCUUGGCAGACAGCAGUUUCUUGUUUAGGAUGGAUAUGACUAUAUUCUUCAUCUGUCUCUUAAUUCUUCAACACCAUACAAGACUAUGAAUUGAAGAAGGAAGAUCAUGAACAUUCAUAUUUUGUAAUUUCCCUUCAUAGGAUAUCAAAUAUCCAUUUAGCUUAA